AUGUCUCCGUUGAUAACAAUCGCUCGGGCGCAAUCACCUCGGUGGUCACCAUGCUUGCCUCUAAAAGGUUCCAAAUACUGUGGUGCAUUUUCAAAUUAUUCAAUAUCUGCGGCGGUGGUUACGGAUUAUAACACAGGUGGAAGAUUUGAUUGGGUUGCCCGGACAGAUAACAUCUCAAAUUUUGAUGAUUUAUUGAUGCAAUAUGUGAAAAACGAUUACAUCAAUUGGGAAGUUAUGAACUGCUCAAAUUUUAAUUCUUCCAGCAUAUAUGCUAGAUACACCAUUACAAUGGUAUGUGCGGAGUUGGUGGAAUAUGCAAUGUCAUUGCAGUGUAAUCAAAACAUUAGUUAUGAUCAAUCUCAGACUGACGGUAUAACCAUCCCGAUACCUACACCCACGAUUUUGCCAAACGCUCCUACCUCCCUUCCCCUCCGAAGAUUGUGCAAUAGUACUUGUCAAGAUCACAUCCUGUCGUUGCAGAACCUCGUCAACCGUACUCAAACGUGUAAUAACACAUCAAUAAUUUCCCUGACGGAUUCGGUGAGGAAUUGGUGCGAACAGGGUGAUAAUAUAUCUAACGAUACAACGUGUAUAUCUGGAGAUAUGAACGAAGAAAAUUGCGAGUUGGUGGAUCGCGUGGGAACAUGGGCAAAGUUUUGA